AUGAGGAAUCCUCGCAGUGACACGAAUGGAUUGAAGAAAGGCACAUGGACGCCAGAAGAAGACCGCAAGCUCAUUGCUUAUGUUACUAGGUAUGGCUGUUGGAAUUGGCGCCAACUCCCCAGAUUCGCAGGUCUUGCCAGGUGUGGGAAGAGUUGCCGGCUGAGGUGGCUCAAUUACCUGAGGCCCGACAUUAAAAGAGGCAACUACACUAAGGAAGAAGAUGAACUUAUCAUCGAACUCCACCACCAGCUUGGUAACAGAUGGUCUGCUAUAGCAGCUAAGUUACCGGGAAGGACAGACAACGAAAUAAAGAACCACUGGCACACCAACCUCAAGAACACGCGCAGAAGUCAACCUCAAAACAAGUCAGUCACAAAUGACGACGACAAGGAUAUUGACACUGUCGUCAAGCCAGGCAAUCAAUAUCAUUCUCAAGGUUUCUCGGACUCCGAAACUUUCAAGGUCGACGCCGACGAUCAUGGGAAAUCCGCGGGGUCUGAAUCAACCUCGAGCAAAUCCUCCUGCGUAACGACGUCGGAGAGUAACCUGGAUUUGGCGAGAGAUCAUGAGUUCUCUUUUCUGGAUGCGUAUUCCGGGCCAACGAGUGGGAAUUUCUGGACGGAUCCACCUCUUUUUCAUUCUGAUGAUCUCCCUUACUACCCUGAUCCUGAGUUUACGCCGCCCGAGACUGAAGCUCAAGCCUCUUCCCCUAUCUCCAACGUGGCACAACUUUGGACUCACAAUUUCUACGACCAAUAUUGUGGUCUCUUCUGCAAUCCUGAUCAAUAG